CAGUACGUGUCACAAUGGUAACCUGUUGAAGUGAAGGUGAUCCGCCAGUACACUAUACAAGUGCGAAAUUGAAGAGAAGAGUUUGCGAGGCAAGAAGGUGAGAGAAAAUAUGGGUGAAGGAGAAGAAGGGAAGAAGCAGAGAGAGGACAUGGAUAUGGAUAUGGGAAUUCAACCAGUGAACCCGAAACCCAGUAAAGGGUUCACUUCCAAAGCAAUUGAUUGGUUGGAAAAACUAAUUGUGAAAUUGAUGCAUGAUUCUACUCAGCCUCUCCAUUAUCUCGCUGGAAAUUUUGCUCCUGUUUCCGAUGAAACCCCUCCCUGCAAGGACUUACCUGUCCAUGGUCAUCUCCCUGAAUGCUUGAAUGGGGAGUUUGUCAGGGUCGGACCCAAUCCAAAGUUUGCUCCUGUUGCUGGAUAUCACUGGUUUGACGGAGAUGGCAUGAUUCAUGGAUUGCAUAUUAAAGAUGGAAAAGCAACCUAUGUCUCCCGUUACGUUAAAACCUCAAGGCUGAAACAAGAAGAGUUUUUUGGAGGGGCAAAAUUUAUGAAGAUUGGAGAUCUUAAGGGCUUUUUCGGGUUACUUACAGUCAACUUUCAAUUGCUCAGAGCUAAGCUGAAAGUACUAGAUAUGUCAUAUGGAAAUGGGACAGCUAAUACUGCUCUUAUAUAUCACCAUGGGAAGCUUCUUGCUCUUUCAGAGGGAGACAAACCAUAUGUCCUUCGUAUUUUGGAGGACGGAGAUCUGCAAACCCUUGGAAUGCUUGACUAUGAUAAAAGGUUGACCCACUCCUUUACAGCUCAUCCGAAGGUUGACCCAUUCACAGGGGAGAUGUUUACUUUUGGCUACUCUCACGCCCCACCAUAUAUCACAUACAGAGUAAUAUCAAAGGAUGGUUUUAUGCAUGACCCUGUACCAAUAACAAUCCCUGCGCCUAUCAUGAUGCAUGAUUUUGCCAUCACUGAUAAUUAUGCUAUCAUCAUGGAUCUUCCUUUACACUUUAGACCUAAGGAAAUGGUGAAGGAAAAGAAACUAAUUUUCUCUUUCGACUCCACGAAGAACGCUCGUUUUGGUGUACUACCACGAUAUGCUAAGAAUGAGAGUUUAAUCAAAUGGUUUGAACUACCAAAUUGUUUCAUAUUCCACAAUGCCAAUGCAUGGGAAGAAGGAGACGAGGUUGUUUUAAUCACUUGCCGUAUUGAGAAUCCAGAUUUGGAUAUGGUCAGUGGAGCUGCUGAAGAUAUGGUUGAAGAUUUUUCAAAUCAGCUGUACGAGAUGAGAUUUAAUAUGAAAACUGGUCUUGCGUCUCAAAGAAAACUAUCAGCACCUGCAGUGGAUUUCCCUAGAGUUAAUGAGAACUAUACUGGCAGGAGACAGAGAUAUGUGUAUGCUACCAAAUUGGGCAGCAUUGCAAAAGUACAAGGGAUAGUUAAAUUUGACUUGCAUGCGGAACCAGAUUCCAGCAAAACAAAGCUUGAAGUUGGAGGAACUGUGCAAGGUAUCUUUGACCUCGGUCCUGGAAGAUUUGGAUCAGAGGCCAUCUUUGUUCCUCGUGAACAAGGUACCACAAGUGAAGAGGAUGAUGGAUACCUGAUCUUCUUUGUGCAUGAUGAAAACACUGGCAAAUCGUAUGUGAAUGUAAUUGAUGCGAAAACAAUGUCAGCUGAUCCUGUUGCUGUUGUUGAAUUGCCUAAUAGAGUUCCAUACGGGUUUCAUGCUUUCUUUGUAACCGAGGAACAACUAAAAGAACAAACUGCAUUUUAGCUGGGGCUAUUGCAACUUUGCAAGCACUGAACCCGAGAGCGAAAUUGGGUACAAAGAUCAUUUGUAGAGGAAUUUGCUGUUGUACUAUAAUAUACACAUAACAAAUUGCGCCAAAACAAUGCAAGUAUAUAUUGUAAGUUUUUUUUUGAGGGAAAAUAUACUACAUGUAUUGCAAGAACAGUAUACUCUAUUCAUUUGUGUAACAAUCAUUUAUCAAUAUUCUGUUAAUAUAAACUCCAAGGCUUGAAUGUGAAGAAAGUGGUGAUUAUCAAUCA